AGGUGCGCGGGGCGGGAGAGGCCAGGUAUCCGCACCCGCCCGCUGGACCGCCCGCCCCGCGCUCUGGCGGCUUCUCCCGGGCGAUGCCUCCGCUCUGGGCCCUGCUGGCCUUCGGCUGCCUGCGGUUCAGUUCGGCUGUGAACCUGCAGCCUCAACUGGCCAGUGUGACCUUUGCCACCAACAAUCCCACCCUCACCACUGUGGCCUUGGAAAAGCCUCUCUGCAUGUUUGACAGCUCAGAGGCCCUCACUGGCACCUACGAGGUCUACCUGUAUGUCCUGGUUGACUCAGCCGGCUCCAGGAACGCCUCAGUGCAAGACAGUACCAAGACCCCACUGAGCUCAACGUUCCAACAAACAGAGGGUGGGAGGACAGGUCCCUACAAAGCCGUGGCCUUUGACCUGGUCCCCUGCAGUGACCUGCCCAGCCUGGAUGCCGUUGGGGAUGUGUCCCAGGCCUCACGGAUCCUGAAUGCAUACCUGGUCAGGGUGGGCGUCAACAGGACCUGCCUGUGGGACCCCAACUUCCAGGGGCUCUGUAACCCGCCCCUGUCAGCAGCCACAGAGUACAGGUUCAAGUACGUCCUAGUCAACAUGUCCACAGGCUUGGUAGAGGACCAGACCCUGUGGUCGGACCCCAUCCGCACCAACCAGCUCACUCCAUACUCGGCGAUCGACACGUGGCCAGGCCGGCGGAGCGGAGGCAUGAUUGUCAUCACUUCCAUCCUGGGCUCCCUGCCCUUCUUUCUACUUGUGGGUUUUGCUGGUGCCAUUGUCCUCAGCCUCUUGGACAUGGGGAGUUCUGACGGGGAAACAGCUCACAACUCCCAGAUCACUCAGGAGGCUGUUCCCAAGUCACUGGGGGCCUCAGAUCCUGCUUACACGUCCGUGAACCGUGGGCCGCCGCUGGACAGGGCCGAGCCGUAUUCCAGCAAGCUCCAGGACUGAGCCCAGCACCACUCCUGGGCAGCAGCGUCCUCCUCCCUGGCCUUGCCUGAGCCCUGCAGCGGUGGAUGUCACACCCUGACUUCAGGGAAGGUGAAACAGGGUUUGUCUCUUCAACUGCAGGAAAACCCUUAAUAAAAUCUUCCGAAGAUUU